ACAGGAGAGAGCACCAAAAUGGCUGAGAAUCAGGAACUGUUCUGUUGCUCCAUCUGUCUGGAUCUACUGAAGGAUCCGGUGACUACUGCCUGUGGACACAGUUACUGUAUGGGCUGUAUUAAAGAAAGCUGGGAUCAGGAUGUUCUGAAAGGGGUCUACAGCUGUCCACAGUGCAGACAGACCUUUACCCCAAGGCCUGUUCUGAAGAGAAACAUUGUGCUGGCUGAGGUGGUGGAGAAACUGAAGAAGACAGGACUCCUGGCUGCUCCCCCUCCUGCUCUGUGCUAUGCUGGACCUGGAGAUGUGGCGUGUGAUGUCUGCACUGGGACCAGAAAGCAGAAAGCCCUCAUGUCCUGUCUGGUGUGUCUGGCCUCUUACUGUGAGACUCACCUGCAACCUCACUAUGGAUCUCCUGCUUUGAAGAAGCACAAGCUGGUCAAAGCCACCUCACAACUACAGGAGAAGAUCUGCUCUCAUCAUGACAAACUGCUGGAGGUUUACUGUUGUACCGAUCAGCAGUGUAUCUGUUAUCUGUGUACAAUGGAUGAACAUAAAGGCCACGAUACAGUGUCAGCUGCAGCAGAGAGGACUGAGAAACAGAGGCAGCUGGGGAUAAGUCAGCAGAAGGUCCAGCAGAGAUUCCAGGAGAGAGAGAAGGAGCUGAAGGAGCUCCAACAGGCUGUGGAGUCUCUCAAGCACUCUGCCCAAGCAGCAGUGGAGGACAGUGAUAAAACCUUUACUGAGCUGAUCCGCUCCAUUGAGAGAAGGCGCUCUGAGGUGAAGGAGCUGAUCAGAGCCCAAGAGAAGGCUCAAGUGAGUCAAGCUGAAGGACUCCUGGAGCAACUGAAGCAGGAGAUAGCUGAGCUGAGGAAGAGAAGGACUGAGCUGGAGCAGCUCUCACACACAGAGGAUCACAUCCAUUUCCUCCAGACUUAUCAGUCUCUCUCCAGUAUCAGUGUAUCUUCAGACUUACCCAGCAUCGUUGUCCUUCCUCUUCAGUACUUUGGAGAUGUGAGUAAGACUGUGUCUGAACUGAGAGAGAAACUGGAAGACUUCCUUAAAGGAGAAUGUACUAAGAUCUCCACUACAGUGAAUAUAGUGGAUGUUGUACUGCCUCCAGAGCACAAGAUCAGAGAACAGUUGUUACAAUAUUCCUGUCAGCUCACACUGGACCCAAAAACAGCACACACACUCCUCUCUCUGUCUGAAGGGAACAGAACGGUGACACGUACAGGCAAAGUCCACUCAUAUCCUGAUCAUCCAGACAGAUUCACCAACCAGUGUCAGGUUCUGUGUAGAGAGGGUCUGUCUGUACGCUGUUACUGGGAGGUGGAGUGGAGUGGUAAUGUUGUUACUGCAGUCUCAUAUAAAGACAUCAGCAGAACAGAGACAGGUAAUAUAUUUGGAUACAAUAACAAGUCCUGGAGUUUACUGUGCUCUAGUGAUGGUUAUUGGUUCAGACACAAUAAUGUUGUGACUAAAGUUUCAGGCCCUCAGUCCUCCAGAGUAGGAGUGUACCUGGAUCACAAGGCAGGAACUCUGUCCUUCUACAGUGUCUCUGACACAAUGACCCUCCUCCACAGAGUCCAGACCACAUUCACUCAGACCCUUUAUCCUGGGUUUAAUAUCUGUGGUACUGCUGAGCUGGUUAAACUGUAGUAGGGUCCACAGAGAUACUAGUCAUGCUGGUGGUGAUGGUCCCCAGAUAUAAUGGUCUGUUGUUCUGUACAAUUAUUUGUCUGACUGUAUAAGUCACUUAAAAUGUAAUGUACUUAUUUUUUUAUCAAAUACAAUGUUUUAAUCUUGUACAUGUCCAUGAAUCAUGAUGUAUGGUGUUGAUGUAUAUUGGUUGUCAUUCAGAACCAUUGAUAUGUUUUCUCAAUUGGUUCUCUGUCUCUAUGUAGUUUUCCUCAGUGGCAUUGAACAGGUAGUAUCACUUACUAACUAACUAAACUAUAUGGGACAGGUACUAUCACUAACUAACUAAACUAUAUGGAAGAGGUAGUAUCACUAACUAACCUUCUAACUAACUAAACUAUAUGGACUGGUUUCCUGGACAUGGAACAGAUAGUAACUAAACUAUAUGGUCUGGUUUCCCAGACACAGAUUAAUCCUAGUCCUGGACUAAAAAGUAUGUUCAAUGUAGAUGUCCAGGAAACUUUCUUUCUCCCAUACUGCUCAGUCAAGCAACAUUUAAACCUGUCCAGAAGGUGGUGCUAUUGACCAAACAAUAAAACCAGCAGAUAUCUUGACUUGCCACUCAGUAUAUCAGUAAUGUUCAGAAUAGUACUUUAAUAUCAUUGGAGAUUGAUGGUCUUUUUAAUCCACUAUCCAGAGUCAGGAACAGAUGAAGUUAGGCCUGCUACUGUUCAGUGAUUAAAUAUGAUUUUUGGUGAUGGGAAAUAAAAAAUACAACACUAAA